AUGCCUCCCUCUGGACCGAGAUCCAGACCAGCACAAGGACAAGGUAGUACCAGGGGUGCACCUCCAACCGCUAAUCAGAGGAACGAAGUAUUCGAGAACAUCUUUGGUAGACCUGCAGGAGGACAUCACUUAGGACCCAAUCCUCAGCAACCCCAAUCUGGACUACAUCCCGGACCUCCCUCAACAACAGGAGGAUAUCAGUACCCUUCAUAUAGCAAUACACCAUCAUCCUCUUCAACAUAUCUGAACCCCGCUCAACCAAGCUUCCCACCCGGCACUUCUUACAGUGCUGCACCACCACCCAGACAGCAUUUCCCCCCUCAGCAUACCUACCAACCUACACAGAAUGAUGGAGGGACAGGAGGAGGGAUCUACAACAGACCGUCAUAUGACAACAAUAGUCUGAAUGGGAAUUAUCCUGGUGGUAACAGGAAGGUCAGUCAAGGUUAUGCUCCCAGUGCAUAUGGUGUACCGGUUGGUGAUCUACCUGAUCGAAGAGCGUCAUUGGCACCUUCCACCUAUUCAACACAAUCAUCCGCAUCUUAUUAUUCACCUAAUCCAGAUAGUGUCUCUCCACCACCGCCAAGAACCACUCGUCUACCUUCCAACCCUUCAGCAGCUACAUUCCCUGCUCCUCAACCUACCAAUCGUAUACCAAGUGGUCCAGGGUCAUUGCGACAACCGCAAGGUCUGACCCCCGCUCAGGCGUAUCAGGCAUCUCAAAGCUACAGUAAUGGCAAUGGCAGUGUGUCAUCACCGGCAUCAGCAGUGUUCCCACCUAGAUCAACAGCUUCUCCUGCCCCUUCUGUCCCACCUAUACCCAAUCCGAAAACGGAAUCUGUAACCUCUUUCAUGUCGAGUACAUCGUCUGGGUCAAGAUUACCUAUUUCAGCAUCUACUACAUCGUUCCAUAAACCCACUCCUCCCAUUUCAUCUUCUCAUUCUCGUUCACCACCGCCAAGGGGAUUAGCAGGUUCGGCAAUAGAUGAGAAUGAUAGAAGUGGUUCGACGACACCGGAUUAUAUAGGUCAAGCAUUGGGCAAAUUGGCUUUUGAAACUUCACCUCAGAAAGGUUUCUUGGAUGAUUUCGGUUUAUCGUCAAGUGCAGGAAGUCAUACCAAUCAGGAUUAUUUCCCUCAAACUAUAUCACAACCCCCUCCCAUACCGCCCAAAGCUGAACAACGUCAAGGGUCAUUUUCCAGUAAUUCUCGCGUAUCGAUGCAUCAGAGGAUGGCUUCAGACUCGUCUAUCGCAAGUAGUGUUUAUACUACUACCGCAGGAAGGACGUAUAUGGCUCCUUUAUCUCAAAUUGAACCACCAUCAGGUAUUCAAGAUUCGCUCAGUUCACCUACGACACCCACAGGAUCAGAUUCAGGAUUUGCUGCGCAUGCGCAGAGGAGAUUAUCAGGAAGAAAAUCUAUGGAGUCCACUGUAUCUUUACCACUUCCAGCUACCGAUUCACCUUUACCUCCUGGAGCAGCACCUUCAGCAACUGCUUUUGAUGGUCGGGCAACGUCAUUCUCGGGAUCAUCAACAACCAGAAAGGAUGUAGUGAAAACGAUGAGAUCUGAAUCGAUAGGACGUGGAUCACAAAGACGGUCGAAUCCUGUUGGCGCACCUCCGUCCUCAUUCACUUUCCCUACUCCAUUAUCCUCUCAACGAUCGUUAUCUGGUACUUUGACGCGAAGUACUUCGACAGCUAGAGCAGCAAUCCUGCAAUCUAUGCCACCUAUCUAUCCCGCUUUACUAUCUCAAGUUGCAGAAGCGUUCAAAAAACUAUUGACUUUAUCUGAAUUGGUGAAAGAUGGAAUAACAUAUAAAGAUUCUUUUGAUGGUAGGACGGCGGUAGGGAUCAUAGCAGAUAUAAUCAAAACUCCCGAUAGGAAUUUAGCAUUGUUACUUGGUAGAGCUUUAGAUGCUCAGAAAUUCUUUCAUGAUGUAACGUACGAUCAUCGAUUGAGGGAUAAUCCGCACGAGGUGUAUCAAUUCAAAGAGCGCUUAACGGCUGCUCCGUUUAUGAACACACCUAACGGAGGUACGGCGACGGUUCAGGAUAGUCCGAUGUCUGAACAUGCUGGAUUAGGAAGGACCUCUUCAGUGAGGAGUACGAAUAACAACUUCAGAGCGUCUGGGGGGAUGACGAGACCACCUAUAGGUGGUCAAGGUAAUUCCGAUAACGGUUCGAUGAACACUACAACAUCUGAAGGUGGACAUAUUUCAAAUUCUCAUUCACACUCUACACCUGCUACUUCGACUACUACGCUGGCUUCACCUAAAUCACAUCAUUACGUCCCGUCACAUACCCCGCUUGGUGGCCAACAAGCGGGUAAUGGAAUAGUUGAAGAGGGUGAUACAGAAGACGAUUUACCGGUUGGAGUGUUCACGUUGUUAACUGAUUGUUAUUCGCCUACGUGUUCUAGAGAAAGGUUGUGUUAUAGUAUCAACUGUCCGAGGAGGCUAGAACAGAUGAAGAGGUUGAAUAUGAAGCCUCAACCUGGUUUGUCGGGGAAAUUGAGUCAGGAGAGUAUCGUUGAUGUCAAGGAAACCGGCACAUUAUGGAUCCACUCGGUAUCUCAAGAGAUCUUAGAUAGUGUAGAUGAUAAAGAGAAAAAGAGACAGGAAGCUAUCAACGAGGUUAUCUACACUGAAAGAGAUUUCGUAAGAGAUUUGGAGUACCUGCGAGAUUCAUGGGUGAAACCACUUCGUACAUCGGACGUUAUCGACCCAAAACGACGAGAUGAUUUUGUCCGACAAGUAUUCUGGAACGUCCAUGAUGUCUUAUCUGUCAAUCACGUUUUGGCUGAAAAGCUCACAAAAAGACAAAAGAAGGAACCUGUAGUUAGUGGGAUUGGAGAUUUGUUUCUAGAGAGAGUCCCAUUGUUUGAACCGUUUGUGGUAUAUGGUUCACAUCAGUUAUUCGGUAAAUACGAAUUCGAAAAAGAGAAAGGAUCUAAUCCUGCAUUCCAAAAAUUCGUUGAUGAAACUGAACGUAAACCCGAAUCAAGAAAGUUGGAAUUGAAUGGUUACCUUACAAAACCCACUACUAGACUUGGUCGAUACCCUUUACUCCUCGAAGCGGUCCUGAAAUAUACGCCUGACGAUCAUUCUGAUAAGAAAAUUCUACCAGAAGUGAUCAAGUUGAUUAGAGGCUUUUUGACCAAAGUGAAUAUAGAAUCUGGGAAAUCGGAGAAUAUAUUUGAGUUGGCGCAGAUUGAGCAGAGUUUGGUAUUUAGACCAGGGGAACAUAUCGAUCUACGACUUCGAGACAAAUCCCGUGAACUUGUCCACAAAGGACCGCUGAAGAGACGAGGUGGAAACAGGGAAGAAAUCGCAGAUCUGAUCGGUUUCCUGUUCGACCACGCUUUCUUACUUGUUAAACCGAAAUGGGUCCAAAAAAGUGAACAGUAUAAAGUAUAUCGAAGGCCAAUCCCUCUCGAAUUACUCGUUCUGGUAACACCAGACGACUCAUACAAUUCAUCCAAACUCUCAGCAUCUCGAGCAGCCAACAAAUUGAUGCCUCGACAAUCCAACGCAUCGUCUUCCAACCACACCAACAAUUCCAAAGCUGUAUUGGCAAACCCACCUAAACCAGAAUCGAAACAUGGUUUCUCCCUGACGGUGGUUCAUUUGGGUAAGAAAGGAUAUUCGAUGCAAUUGUGGGUCGAUACCUAUAUGUCAAGGAAGAAAUGGUUAGAAUCGAUAGACAAGCAACAAACAAUCUUGAGAGAACGGAGUUGUGUAUUUGUCAGUGAGACUAUCACCGAGGGUGGACCUACGUUUACUGGUAAUGGACUGAGGAAAGUCAACUGUGUCAGUCCGUAUGACAUGGGCCACAGAAUGAUUUACGGUACAGACGACGGAGUGUAUUUCUCCAACCUGCGAGACGACAAACUACGUGAUCCAGUGAAAGUUAUCAAUCUCCUGGAUGUAACUCAAGUCGAUGUCAUCGAAGAAUUUCAACUAUUAAUUGUCCUUCACGAACGAUGCGUUACGACUUUUCCUCUAGAUUGCCUAGAUCCAAAUGACGCCAAUGCAGCUCUGAAGAGGGGUAAACGAAUUUCGAGCCAUACGAGCUUUAUAAAAUCUGGAAUUUGUUUGGGUAAAACUUUAAUUGCUAUCGUUAAAUCUUCGACAUUGUCUUCCACAAUCAAAGUGAUGGAGCCGAUUGAUCAAUCGUUAAGGAAUAAGAAAGCUCCGGGUGGGUUUAUGAAGAGAUUGAAUGGACGGGAUGAAGCUCUCAAAUUAUUCAAAGAAUUCUACAUCCCCACCGAAUCUUCCUCUGUACAUUUCCUGAAAACCAAAUUAUGUGUAGGAUGUACGAAAGGAUUCGAAAUUGUUGACCUUGAAACACUCGACAUGCAAGGUCUUCUGGAUCCUUCAGACGCAAGUUUGGAUUUCGUCCUGAAGAGGGAUAAUGUUAGACCGAUAGCUAUUUAUAGGAUAGAAGAGGAUUUCUUACUUUGUUAUGAUGAAUUCGCUUUCUAUGUUAACAAGAAUGGCUGGAGAUCUAGACCUAAAUGGGCUAUUGUAUGGGAAGGUUUACCUACUGCUUUUGCAUUACAAUACCCAUAUGUGAUAGCAUUCGAACCGACAUUUAUCGAAGUGCAUCACGUAGAAACAGGACAUCUCGUGCAGAUCAUACCUGGAUCCAACAUUCAGUGUUUAUUCGCUGAUACACCACCAUCAAGAGUCAAUGCUCCUGUACCUGUCCAACCUAAUCGACAAUUGAUGUACCCACCUGGUCCUGGCGGGGGAUAUGGUAGACCACCACCACCUCAGAGUAGUAAUCCUUAUUCGCAACAACAAGGAUAUUAUCCACAACAGCCACAGCCACAACAACAAGGAUAUUUCCCACCUCAAGCUCAAGCUCAAGCUGGUAGACCCCGUCCACCACCUGCUGGACCAUAUGGUAUGCCUCCUCCGCCCAAUCAUCAAAUGAUGGUAUCGCGCUUUGCAAGACAACAAGUUAUCUUCACGAGUGAUGAUAGUCAUGUGCAAUUCCUAAAGUUCCCUCCUCCCCAAGGACAACAGGGAGUACAGGGACAAGGUGGUUCACAGAGGAUGAGUGGACCGCAGGCUGGGAAAGCACAUAGUAUAAGGGGAUCACAUUAG